AAACUUUCUCUCUCCUUGGCCGUUUCAUGUUCGAUGUGAUAAAUCUAUUUCUCGCCCUUUCAUCUUCUCUUCACGGUGAUCACUAAAUUGGAUCUACAACAAGAUCGCUUCUCUGACGAAUCGAAACUCUAUUACGCGGCCUCGAAACUACUGAACUGAUUGUUGAAACUGCUGCCCAAAAUCCGAUUAUCUAUAGUUGGUUGAUCUGAAAUGCCCGAAGAAAGAAAUAAUGGUAAUGCAAAAGCUACAAAUGGAAAGCCAGCAGUUGGGGCUAGUGCUUAUGCUAUUAAUCUCGAAAGCUUUAGCAAUCGGUUAAAGAUGUUAUAUAAACACUGGAAUGACUACAAGAGUGACCUAUGGGGUGAUUCUGAUGUUCUUGCGAUAGCAACUCCUCCACCAUCUGAAGACCUUCGAUACUUAAAAUCGUCUGCUCUCAACAUUUGGUUGCUUGGUUAUGAAUUCCCCGAUACUAUUAUGGUAUUCAUGAAGAAGGAAAUCCAUUUCCUAUGCAGCCAGAAGAAAUCCUCUUUACUUGAAGGCAUUAAAAAGGCGUCGAAGGAUUCUGUUGGUGCCGAGGUUAUCAUGCAUGUGAAGUCCAAAACCGACGAUGGAACCAAAUUAAUGGAUUCCAUAUUCAGCACGGUUCAUGCUCUGUCGAAAUCAGAAGGUCGAGAUACUCCUAUUGUUGGUUACAUUGCGAGAGAGUUGCCAGAAGGGAAUUUGUUGGAACUUUGGACGAAAAAACUGAACAGUGCAAAUUUUCAACUGAAUGAUAUAUCGAAUGGAUUCUCCGAUCUGUUUGCAGUUAAGGACAGCGUUGAGAUUACUAAUGUGAAGAAAGCUGCUUACUUGACGUCAUCAGUUAUGAAGCAUUUUGUAGUUCCCAAGAUUGAGAAGGUUAUCGAUGAGGAGAAGAAGGUUUCACAUUCUUCGUUGAUGGACGACACAGAGAAAGUCAUACUCGAGCCUUCGAAGAUCAAUGUGAAGCUGAAGGCGGAAAACAUUGAUAUCUGUUAUCCUCCAAUUUUUCAAAGUGGAGGAGAAUUCGAUCUGAAACCGAGCGCCUCGAGCAACGACGACAAUCUUUACUAUGACUCCACAAGUGUCAUCAUAUGCGCCAUUGGAUCCCGUUACAACAGCUACUGUUCGAAUGUGGCGAGAACUUAUCUGUUUGAUGCGAAUGCUAUGCAGAUCAAAGCUUACGAAGUCCUCCUUAAGGCUCAAGAAGCUUCUAUAGCUGCGUUGAAACCAGGGAACAAGGCCAGUGCAGCUUUCCAAGCCGCUAUUUCCAUAGUGGAAAAAGAUGCUCCUGAAUUUUUACCAAAUUUGACAAAAUCAGCUGGAAUCGGGAUGGGCCUCGAGUUUCGUGAGUCGGGUCUUAGUCUGAAUGCGAAGAACGACCGUGUGUUGAAGCCGGGGAUGAUUUUCAAUGUUUCCCUCGGUUUACAGAACUUGGAAACGGAAACAAAGAAUUCGAAGACCAAGAAGUUUUCCUUAUUGCUAGCCGACACUGUUGUCGUUGCUGGCGACAGUUCCCAGGUGAUGACUUCGUUGUGUUCGAAAUCCCUCAAGGACGUCUCGUACUCGUUCAACGAAGACGACGAAGAAGAAGAACAACAGCCGAAAGUCAAAACAAACGUAAACGCCUCCAAAUCAUCGUUACCUUCGAAGGCGACUCUCAGGUCGGUUAAUAAUGAGAUGUCGAAAGAGGAAUUACGAAGGCAGCAUCAAGCCGAACUUGCGCGUCAGAAGAACGAGGAAACUGCCAGGAGGCUGGCAGGAGCCGGGUCGGGCUUAGGUAAUAGCCGUGGCUCCGACCGGCCUUCUGGCGAGUUGGUUUCUUACAAGAACGUGAACGAUAUACCGCCUCCGAGGGACUUCAUGAUUCAGAUUGACCAGAAGAAUGAAGCGAUUCUGUUACCGAUUCAAGGAAGCAUGGUCCCGUUUCAUGUCGCGAUGGUGAAGAGUGUUUCCAGCCAGCAGGAAUCUCAUCGUAACUGCUACAUCAGGAUUAUGUUCAACGUCCCUGGAACUCCUUUCAGUCCACACGACGCCAACACCAUUAAAUUCCAGAGUAAUAUUUACGUUAGGGAGGCGUAUUUCCGAUGUAAGGAUCCGAGGCAUUUAAGUGACGUGGUGCAGCAGAUUAAAACUCUACGCAGGCAGGUGACUUCUAGAGAAUCCGAGAAAGCCGAGAGGGCGACGUUAGUCAGUCAGGAGAAGCUUCAGCUAGCCGGAGCCAAAUUUAAACCGAUAAGGCUGUCUGAUCUAUGGAUCCGCCCUGUUUUUGGAGGGCGGGGGAGGAAACUGAGCGGGACUCUUGAAGCGCAUGCGAAUGGGUUUCGAUACUCGACAUCGAGAUCGGAUGAACGUGUCGAUAUCAUGUACGUAAAUGUGAAACACGCAUUUUUUCAGCCUGCGGAAAAGGAGAUGGUGACUCUGCUUCACUUCCAUCUGCACAACCACAUAAUGGUUGGAAACAAGAAGACAAAAGACGUACAGUUCUUUGUCGAAGUGAUAGAAGUCGUGCAGACACUCGGGAGUAGUAAGAGGUCGGCUUACGAUCCAGACGAGAUUGAGGAAGAACAAAGAGAGAGGGAUCGGAAGAAUAAAAUCAACACCGACUUCCAAAACUUCGUUAACAGAACAAACGAGCUGUGGGGACAGCCCCAGUUCAAAGGUCUCGAUUUGGAAUUCGACCAGCCUUUCAGAGACCUCGGUUUCAACGGUGUCCCCCACAAGUCUUCGGCUUUCGUGGUCCCCACCUCGAGCUGUCUCGUCGAGCUGAUAGAGACGCCGUUUGUAGUCAUCACUUUGAAUGAGAUCGAGAUCGUUAACCUGGAGAGAGUUGGCCUCGGGCAGAAGAAUUUUGACAUGACGAUCGUCUUCAAGGAUUUCAAACGAGACGUUUUUCGCAUUGACUCAAUCCCUUCAACUUCCCUCGACGGGAUCAAGGAAUGGCUGGACACGACUGAUUUGAAAUACUACGAGAGUAGGCUGAAUCUGAACUGGCGGCCGAUUCUGAAGACAAUAACCGAGGACCCGGAGAAGUUCAUAGAGGACGGUGGGUGGGAGUUUCUGAACAUGGAGGCUUCAGAUUCAGAUUCUGAGAACUCCCAGGAGUCAGACCACGGAUAUGAACCCUCGGAUGGGCAAUCUGAUCAGUCUGAAUCUGAAGAUGAGGAUGAUAGUGAGGAAUCGUUGGUGGAGUCUGACGAGGAGGAAGAGGAAGAAGACUCCGACGAGGGAUCGGAGGAGGAUAAGGGUAAGACGUGGGAGGAGUUGGAGAAGGAGGCGAGUAAAGCCGAUAGAGAGAAAGGAGCCGAGUCGGAUAGCGAAGAGGAGAGGAAACGGAGGAAGAUUAAGACUUCGUUUGGGAAAGCUAGGGUUCCGGACAGGAGGAGUAAUACUAGUAAUCAUCAUCGAGGCGGAGGGAGCGGAGGCGGAAUGGCGAAAAGACCUAAAUUCAGAUAAGCACAGAUAAGAGGAGGCUGCAGCUAAAAGAUUAAAAAAGCCACUACAUGUAUUAUCAUCUAUAGAUUAUUAUGAAAUCUGGUUUUUGUCUAACUAUGGUUGUAGUGUUGUUUUCAUCUUUUAGACUAUUUAGCAUUUUAGCAAUUGUGGAGGUUUAUUUUGGAAUAUUAUUAUUAAUAGGAGAAAUUAUUAUAACUUUGAUUUUGUGAA